AUGUCCUAUUUCAUUUCUCUGCAAACUCAUCCAUGUCUGCCUUCUGGCCAAGGUGGGGCCGCUUCUCCAGGCUCAUCCCUUGGCCUCUAUAGUCCCAGAGAGCCAGUGGUGGCCUCUGUUGGAGGCCCACUGAGCCAGAAAGCUGAGCAGGUGGCACCUGCUACCCAGGCCUGGGAUCCACCCUUGGCAGUGCUGGAAGUCAGGGGCUUCCCUGGGGGUGCUGGCUGGGAGACAUUGCGGUGGAAAGAGUACAGCCAAUACCACCACGAAUUUCCUGACAUGAGGCAGCCAAAGAGCGUGGGCUGGGAGGAUGGCUGCUCCAGAAGCAGAGCUCCCCACCUGGGUGGCCCCAGCAGGCCUGGGCCCCUGUUGCUGUGUGGGCUGUCACCAGGAGUUCUGCGUAUGCCCGCUGAGGCAGGGGGGAAGGAGGCCAGCACCCACCCUGACAUCUGCAUCCUCAUGCUGGCCAUGAUGAUUGCCGGUAUCCCCACUGUGCCAGUCCCAGGCCUGCAGGAAGAGGACCUGAUCCGGGCAGCUCAAGCUUUCAUGAUGGCCCAUCCAGAGCCGGAGGGGUCUUUGGAAGAGGCGCCGUGGGAACAGGUGCAGGCCCAUGAGGCCUCUGGGAAGGUGCUCCUAGUGAGACCCAGGAGGGGCCAGCCUCCUGGCUCCUGCUUGUAG